AUGACACCUCCCAUGCCGGCCAAGGCCAGUAGAUGGAACGCGAAGACAGUACAGGCGGCCGACAGCAAAUGCGCAGGCAAGAGCGCUGGCAUGAAGCGAGCCAUUUGCAAUAGCAGCUUCGAGCCCCCAAACAAACGUCGAAAGGCCCAGGCAGCUGCCAUAGAAGACACGAUCAUUCCCGAAGCAGACAAGGUGUCAAACGCGACAUGGGUGGUAGAUCCAGAUCAGGUGUUCAGGUUCCUCGACCUGCCAGGAGAGCUACGCAAUCGAAUCUACGGAAUAGCGAUCGAAUGGAGCUUCCGCUGCUUCCCUAUGACCCAUGAAAAGCCAAAGAGAUCCAGACGCGGAAAAGCAGUCGAGGAGAAAGCAGCUCCCAUCACCCAAGCGAAACCCCUUCCCUACAUCGGCUUGACGCAAGUCUGUUCUCUGAUCCGUACUGAGUUCCGUCCUUUGUGGCUGUCUACUCAUCGCUUCCCACUCUUCGCACUAGAAGGAUACUUCAAAGCGUUCUUUCCAGUGUUACGCGGAGGUUCCCGAUUGAACGAAGACGUUCGGAAACGGAUCAAGAGCUAUUCCAAAACGACUGGUACCCUGCGUCUCUGGAUCAGAAUGGACUGUUUGAAACACAUUGAUGUCCUCCCACUUCUCAAGUUUAGGCACCGGUUACCCGAUUACAUAAUAAUGCCCGAAGCUGCCCAAUCCAAUGUUGAAAAGCUCACCAUUAACUCAUUCACGGCUCUCAUGAAUACCGACAACGCGACCUGGGUCAGUUACAUAAAACAACACCGCGUUACGCAGGUUAAGUUGCAAAUUAGCCGCUACGAGGUCCGACCCUCCAACUUGCCCAUGCGUAUUGUUCUCAAAGAGAAGUACGCGCUCGACUGGAUGGGAUCAGGCUUCGUUCGCCUGCCCCAUGUUGUGGAAGAGUACAAGGGAUUUCUGGGGCUCGACCCAAGUUGGGGUGUUACUUUUGCCGUAGACUACUCGUGA